AUGGCCGACACCCACCCGAUUCCCCUCAGCUACGAGGCCUCUGCCACAACAACGCAUCCACUGUUCACCAGUAGCCUCCCACCGGAAGUAGACAGUUGCCUCAAGAAUUCAAGAUUCCUCCACCUGGCAACAUGUGACAACCAAACCCCCCACGUUAGCCUGAUGAGCUACACCUAUCUCCCCUCGACCACCUUCACAACCCACCCUACAAUAAUAAUGACCACCAACGCCGCCUCCAAAAAGACCCUGAACCUCCUCUCAAACCCGCGUGUCUCCCUCCUGGUCCACGACUGGGUCUCCCACCGGCCUCCCACCCUCCCGACCCACUCGAGUCUUGCCCGUGACGGGCCCCCGCCCCCCGCCGCGACACACUCCAGCCUCGCCUCUCUCUUACUGAAUAUCAACACGAGCGCCCUGAGCAGCAUCAGCACGACUAUCAUCGGUGAGGCGAGGUUUGCGGAGCAAGGAUCUGAGGAAGAGAAAUGGUGCAAAGAGAGACACUUGGAGAAUAAUACCUUUGCGGCUGAUGUGCCGGAUGGGACGAGCUUGUUUGCUGCGGCAAGUGAGGGGCAGAGGGGGAGGGAAAGUGCAGUUGCGCCUUCGGUGGAUGAUACGGUGAGGGUGGUUAUUGUGGAGGUUAGAAAGGGGAGGAUUGCGGAUUGGAAAGGGGGUGUGCGGGAUUGGGCGGUUGUGGAGGAGGAGGAGGAGGGUGCGUAG